AUGGUCAACUGGACCGCCGAGGAGAAACAUGCUAUCGUGUCCAUCUGGACCAAGGUGGACGUCGAGGAGACCGGGGCCGAUGCCCUCAGCAGGCUGCUGGUCGUGUACCCCUGGACCCAGAGGUAUUUCAGCACCUUCGGAAACCUGUCCAGCCCCACGGCCAUCGUGGGCAACCCCCGGGUCCGCGCCCACGGGAAGAAGGUGCUGACUUCGUUAGGGGAGGCCGUCAAGGACUUGGACCACGUGAAGAGCAACUUUGCCAAGCUCAGCCAGCUGCACUCCGAGAAGCUGCACGUGGACCCCGAGAAUUUCAGGCUCCUGGGUGACAACCUCAUCAUAGUCUUGGCGGCCACCCUGGGCAAGGACUUCACCUCCGAAGCCCAGGCCGCCUGGCAGAAGUUGGUGGGCGUCGUGGCCUCGGCCCUGAGCAGCCAGUACCACUGA